AUGGAUCAAGAAGGUUUUUAUGCUUCCAAGGCACCCCUGUUUGAUGGUACCGAUUAUGCUUUUUGGAAGGUAAGAAUGCAAACUUAUUUAAUUUCCUUGGGUGUGGAUAUUUGGACUGUUGUUGUCAAUGGAUACAUUGUUCCGCAAAGUAUACCUACUGAUCCUUAUGGAAAAAGAGAAUAUGAAAAUGAUGCUAAGGCCAAGCAUGCCAUUCUAUGUGGAAAUCAAGUUCUUGAUGAUGUUGUAUUAUCAAAUGUUGAAGGAGAAGGUGAAGUUGUCUUAGAAGAUGAUUCAGAGAUUAUUGCGGAAGGAGAAUGUUCAGAUGGUAAGGACCCCGAUGAUCCCGUGAACUUGGGGGACCUAGGGGGAGGAUCAACACCAUGUGAAGAGGAGUUAGCACUAGAGAGAGGGAAAGGGCAGGUUCAAACUUCAAAAAUAGAAGAUGGCAACUCAGAAGAAGCCCAAGGACAGCAAAUGACUUGUGUUUCAGAGAACACGGUGGAAGGUAAAGAUCAACCGGAAAAGAUUCUUUUGUCAAUGGACUCUACAAGGGGACCCAAUGGACAAACAUGUAAGUGGUCCUCGUUGUUUGGGGUCAAGCCCAAAGACUUGUGUGGACCAACAAGAACAAGAUCAUUAUAUGGAGAUAAGUAUUUCAUGAUUUUUAUAGAUGAUUAUACUAGGAUGACAUGGGUGACUUUUCUUAAACAUAAGUCUGAGGCUUUUCACAGGUUCAAGGUGUUCAGGAAGAUGGUAGAGAAUGAAUCAGAUUUAAGAAUAAAAUGCUUGAGAUCAAAUCAAGAAGGGGAGUACACAUCAAAUGAGUUUGAACAAUAUUGUGAGCUUCAUGGUAUAAAAAGACAAUAUGAUGCAUCAAGAACUCCUCAACAAAAUGGAGUGGCAAAAAGAAAAACCAGAACUGUCAAAGAAAUGGCCAAGACAAUGCUUGAUGAAGCUAAUAUUGCUGAUGUUAAUGAAGCAGAAUCUGAAAUAGAAUCUGAAAUAGAAUUUGUGAUACUUCCAAAGAAAGAAGAAUCUGAAAUACUUUCAGAGAAAGAGGAAGAAUUGGUAAGUACAUCUUCUGAAACAACACCAAAAACACCUCUCACAAAGACUAACAUAAAUCUUUUAAAAAAUCAUCCACAAGAACAAAUCAUUGGAGGCAAGGAUGAAGGCAUAUUAACAAGAAGAAGAGAUGCAAUGUCAGGUGAAGAAGCUCAUUUUUGUUUAUUGUCUAAAUUAGAGCCUAAAACUCAUGUUGAAGCUAGUAAAGAUGAAUGUUCAGUUUUAGCCAUGAAAGAAGAGAUUAGUCAAAUUGAAAAAAACAAGACAUGGGAGCUAGUGCCUAGGCCUACAAAUAAGAAUGUCAUAGGUGCAAAAUGGGUCUUUAGGAAUAAACUUGAUGAAAAUGGUAAAGUGGCUAGAAAUAAAGCUAGGCUUGUAUGUAAGGGUUAUUCACUAAUAGAGGGGAUUGACUAUGAUGAAACCUUUGCCCCAAUGGCAAGUAUUGAAGCAAUAAUGUUGGUGUAA